GGCGAAGCCGACAUCAACCACGAGUUUACAUCACCACAGAACAAUAUGUUCGUUCUUCACGACAGCAAAGGUUUUGAACCGGGCGAGGAAGGCAACCUGAACAUAGUUCGAAAUUUCAUUGAACGCCGAAGAAACAUGGAUACUUUGAAAGACAAGCUACAUGCUGUUUGGCUUUGCUUUGAAAUACCCCGCGCAGGCGGGCGUUUACUGGAGACGGGCACGGAGGAUUUCUUGACAUUGAAGCGUGGUGGACAGCUGGGAAAUAUUCCUGUCGUCGUCGUUUUCACUAAAUAUGAUAGUUUCAUCGACCGCGUCGAGCGUACUCUGGAUAAAUCAUCUCUUGUGGGAUUGAGCUCCAACGCCGUCAGGGAACUCGUCAAGAACAAAGCAGACGCUGAGUUAAAAGAAAUUUGCAUCGGACCCCUAGAGAAAUUUGCAGGGUCGGAUGUCCCGUAUGCCACGGUCUCCACAAAGGAAGAGCAUGCGGAGACGCUGGCUCGUCUAAUCCAGAUAACCGAGGAGCGUGUUUGUAAGCAUGUUGCGACCGAGGCGUCGCUGAUGACUGCCAUCGCCCAGCGAGUGGAUCCUGGACUCAAAAUCAAAGCAUCAAUUGAGGUUGGCAAGAGAAGUUAUCGGAAGGCACUGGCAUUAUGCGCAACAUUCCAAAACCGUGCGAUGCGGGACUGCCUACGUGUGCUUCACACUGACAUCGUUAAUGUGUGGAACUUCCGUGACCCUCAUCGUUACUUGUACAGCGAUGAUUUUAGGGAGUUGGUGGUGAAUAUGGUGGGCGUGCUAGAACUUGGACCUACUACUAAUCUUGACGGGACCAUGAGGACUGUAAUCGCGAAAUGGGUUCAUGACGUGUACCAGCUGUCCGGCGUGAUGUUCCAGCGCUUCAUAGCGUACAUCAUCGAUUUGACCCUUGUGUUGCAGACACUUUAUCUUAUGUCGGACAGCCAGGAACUGUCUCGUAGGACUAUCAAGCUCACGGUCGCUUCCUGUUAUGCAUUACCAUCAAGCGGAGAGGUCCAUAAUCGCAUUCAGGGUUAUGACAGGAAAUUGACGCUCCUGGAACUCGCGGACCGCGAUACCUUGGACAAAAUCAUGGAGCUGAUGGAAUUGUAUCGCAUCGACGCGAAGGAAAUUUCCGCUAUUCGGGCACAGAUUCCGAUUGUCGAUUCAGUUCCGGAUGAGCCAUGGUGAGAUGCGUCUGCAGGGUAUGGUUUUACCACAUUGGCGGGUGUUGUGAGAUUGCAGCUCUGUUACCACUUGAAGUAGUAUUUUGGAGUUAUGCUUGGUCGCAUUCAAAGACCUUUGUAGUACCCACAUGUUGGACUGUAGCUUUGAUGUUGACCCGACCCACAGUUACGUAGCAGACUCUAUAAUGCAC